UGAGAGCAAAGGACAUGGAAGAGGCGUUUGGCCCGAUUUUGGUUUGGUCGAACGGAAGUCGCUCGAAAUAGAAGUUUGUCCGCAUCGUCGUCGUCCUUGCUGUGUUUGCCGUGCGUGCGCGCUUGCGUCCCAUCCGUGCCGGGUUCCGAGCGUCUUUCCCCCCCCGGAGCUUUGUUAGACGAGGAGAGCGAAUCCAAAGCAAAACAAAGCACCGAUCUCCCCCGCCUCCUCGCCAUCCAUCGAGUGUUUGUUGUCCUUGCUGUCCUGCCGUGCAUCCAGAAAUCCGAAGGUCAACGGCGAUUCGCAGAAGCCCGCAAAAGAAGCGCUCGUCUCGGAAGAAGAGACCCCAAACCACAUCAUCAAUCGUCAUUACCAGCAGCAGCAGCACAAAGUGAAACCAACAUAAAAUCGAUUUCAUAACAAACGUAAACACAACGGCCAGACGCAAAGAACACGGAGCAGAAUCAUCGAUUGAAUUCACACUCCGCCUGGUACGAAUUGUGCGUGUGUGCUACGCCAGCGACCGUGUUUCCGAACGAUGGAUUUGGACGGUGGUACGUGAGACACGAAUUCCGCGGCCGCCCUUCACCCCCCCGCCUUCCUUACAGCAGCGCCUGAGGCUGGGCUGUCUCCGUUUCCGUUCUUCCCGGCCGACGACCGAAAAUCGUGGGGCCGACAAUAUCGUUGCUCUUCCGCGCCCGCAACAUCGUAGUAGCAGCAGCAGUAGCAGCAGCAGUAGUAGUGUGUGCUGCGGUACGAUCAAAGGAAAGCAAGAAAAGUGAAAUGAACAGAACGCGAACGGGAACGGGAAGUAGUAGUAGGCAUAUGCACGCACCACCGUCUGGUUUGACAUAAUCGCUGCGGCGCGACCCUGAAAGCUGCUCGGGGUGCGCUUCGUGUAGAGUUAAGUAAUUUUAACGUUCCCGCGAACGCGCGUUCCGCGGGUCAAUCCGUGUCGCGGUACGAUUGCGUGCGUGAAAAGUGAAAGUGCUAAUAGUGCGUGUGUGUGUGGGGCCAAGUGCGCGUUGUUGGCCCGGUGCCAGCUGAUCUGAAGGAAGAGAGAGAGAGAGAGUGGGAGGGCAGGGCAAACGAAACGACCGCCAAAAAUACCGCCGCGCAAAUGAAGAAGGUAAUGAUCCCUUCGUUGGAUAUGAAAAAGAGCAUUUCCGUGAAGGUAGAUAGUGAUCUGACAUUGCUGCUGUCCAGUGGAGUGUACGAAAUCAAGAAGAUGGAGCCCCGCCGGCGGCUCCGACCGAUCGCCAUCGUCUGCCUGUUUCUCACCAUCGCCGGCAUCAUCGGAUUUGGCUACUUCUGUCCGGAUCAGGUGUGUGCCCUGUCACGGCGAGAUGUAACCUCGGCGGCGGGCCUGAGCAGCAGCGGCAACCUGGUGGUGUCGGCCGGAACCGGUGGCUACGAGCACGACAAUCUCGGCAAACCGGUCCAGCAGAACCUGCUGGCCAAUCCCGGACUAAGCUACGAGGAGGUCCUGAACGAUGAUUUCCAGUUCGACAUGAACGCGCACGACGUGAUGGUGUUCCUGCACAUCCAGAAAACCGGCGGCACCUCCUUCGGCAAGCACUUGGUGCGCGAUCUGGAUCUCAAGCGCCCGUGCACCUGUCAGCGGAAGAAGAAGCGAUGCUACUGCUUCCGACCGCACCGGAACGAGAACUGGUUGUUUUCGCGCUACUCGACCGGCUGGAAGUGCGGUUUGCAUGCGGACUGGACCGAGCUGACGGGCUGUGUGGACCAGGAGCUGGACAAGAACGAGGGCGAAACGGCCAAGCGGCGCUACUUCUACAUCACGCUACUGCGCGAACCGAUCGCCCGCUACCUGUCCGAGUUCCGGCACGUGCAGCGGGGCGCCACGUGGAAGAAUGCACGCCACUGGUGCCUUGGGCGGCACGCAACAACCGACGAGCUACCACCAUGCUACACCGGUGCCAAUUGGAAUGGUGUGCCUCUGGAUGACUUUGCCGGGUGCGAAAGCAAUCUGGCCGCCAACCGGCAGACCCGCAUGCUGGCGGAUUUGGCCCUGGUCGGGUGCUACAACAAGACGUACAUGCCGGCGGCCGAGCGGGAUCGCAUCAUGCUGGCAAGCGCCAAGCGCAACCUAGCCGCCAUGUCGUACUUCGGCUUGACCGAGUACCAGAAGAUCUCGCAGUACAUUUUCGAGGAAACGUUCAAUCUUCGGUUCGCGAUACCGUUCGAGCAGCACAACACCACCGUCUCGACGGUGACGAUGAACAGCCUGACGCCGGCCCAGCGGAACCGCAUCGAUCAGCUCAACGCACUCGACAUCGAGCUGUAUGCCUUCGCGAAGAAGCUCAUGUUCCAAAGAUUCGAGAGACUCAAAGCCAAAGAUAACGACUUCGAGGUACGGUUCGCGCACUUGGGCAACCUUGGCGUACGGAGCGGCGUGACCGAGUUCAACUGGGACAGCAACAUCGACGAUCUGCCGAGCAACGAGCAUCACUGAUACCGGCCUCUGCGGGGUCGUCCGGGAUCGGCCACGAUGUCGUUCGCCGCUGUCGCUUCAACUCGGACCACCACAACGGCCACCGGUAGUGUCCGAGUCACGCGACGAGCGAAGCAUCUGCCGCCAGCGUCCAUCUCGCGGCGUGCCAGCCACCUAACCGGUGCAGCAUCUCCGGCCGGAGAGCACGGUGUCGUACGGGGCAACCGAGUUGCAACCGUUCCUCAUCAAAACUCAAUCAAUCAUCGUCGUGCCGGAAAUGGCACCACCGGCGGUCGUCGUAGGUAUGGUGCUGGUGGCAACCUGACGGCAAACGAAGCGAGAAUGGCAUCGCCAGCCAGUGGUGGUGGCGGCUCGGUGUACUACGGUGGUCACGUUGACAACCCCAUUAGUGUUAAGCCCAAUCCCACUAGUCCGAGAAGUGACGAGAAGGAGAAGGAGGAGCGUAGGCGUAAGAAGACAAAGCAUCAGCAGCACCAUCAGCGUCAGCUGCAGCCGCCGGCAAACCACAAAUGGCACGGAGACGACCUCACGGUAGACAGUGCCGGUGAGGCUGUUGCUGCUGCUGCUGCUGUUGAACAGCGGCGAUAGUUUGGCUGCGGUGGAUGCAAUGGUAGCCAAUGCACACCGCGAUCAUGUGAUCGUGAUCGCUCCCGUGACAUAAUCUGUGCCGGAUUUAUGAAUAAUGAAAGCGCGAAGCCUGACGCGUGACCACAGCGUAUCCCCAAAAAGGGCAAAGGGAUAUGAUUAGGCCCAGGGUAGAUCGUCGCUUCCGACGCGUCGAAUUUAAGCUCCAAAAAAACAACCGAAGAAUCAAUCGGAUUACUUGCAGUUAGAGUGACACAAAAGGGGCACCGGCCAAAAACGGGGCGCCCGCGCGCGCGCACACACCCCAUGUACAGCACGGCUUAUCGGCCGGUUCCGCCUUCAGUUAUUAUGCUAAUAAUAGCGCCCGCAGGUCACUCGUUGCGUUUCGUUACUGGUGUCGCUUUUGGACCGUAAAGCCACUGUUCUACGCUAUAAGACGAUAAGUUCCUCCUACCAGUAACACCGCAACCACCAACACAAGAUUGCUGCCGCGAAUCUCACAAGCAUCACCAACGCAAACGCGGCAUUGUGGAAGGGAGGAAAUGGUUUUAUGUAAGGAUUACUUUUAAGGAAGCUGAUGGAUCGGUGUGGUGCUUCCAGUGCUGGUAGAUAAGCCCUCUGAACACAAACCUCCCCGCCCGGGGUCUGUGGAAUCGGAUCAACCUUCCUUGGAUGCUCUGUGCUUGUGUCUUUUACCGCUCGUUAUCCCUGUUCAUACUUAAAGCUCGAAGAUGCACGGAUUGUGCAUUCAUUUCCGGUUUCGCCUUGUCGACAGCUACCUAAUGAUGGUGCAACACUUUCGAGGGUUUUGCAAAUGACAAAUGGACGCCGCCGGCAUGCUCGAGCAUAAGUACCGGCGCGUUAGCUUGGUUAGCGUUGAACCAGGCGCAAGGUAUGCAGACGUCGUCUAUGGCCGAGGCUAGGCUAGAGAUGGCCAACGUUCGUUUGUCGUUGGGAAAACGCUCGACAAAAAGACGAGCAAAAAUCAUACGAGCGCAAAAACGAAUUACGGGCGAUUGCGACCGGAAGUGUGAAGUGAACAGAGUGUAUCCGAUGCGACGGAAACUGACGACACCGUUCGGCAGUUAAGAAGUGGAGAGGGACGGAGCAGCAGCGCACACAACAGUCGGGCGUUGGGCAAAUGGCACAAGAGAACUGACGGAAAAGAGAUGAGGAAAGCGGCGGUAGCAGAUCUCCUUUUUCCGGUGUUCGGAGCGCCUUUUUGCUUCCCCCCUUUUUCCGUUGUACGUCGUGUGUGUGUGUUUGUGUCUCUGCGUAUGCCAUGCGUGCCAUAACCCCCAGUAGCCAUGGAGAUGACAGUUACUUUGACUUCCGUUUUUUGUGCGCUGUGACGACUGUGAUACGGCCGAGCGUUCGGGUGCCAUCGCUAAAAGCACCGAUGGUAGCAUGGAAUGAAGGCACGAACGAGAAAAGAGAGGAAGCCAGGAAGGAAGAAGAGGCAGAAAGACGGAAAAGGCUCACCGUGGAUGCUGACUGUGUGCACAUUGCGUGAAAUCUAUGUGUUUUCCCUGGAAGGAAAAUUAUGUUCAAGAGCCCAGAGCCAGCUUGCGGCUGGCGCAGAAGGCAGAGCUAGGACUGCGUGAUAGAAAGUGAAAAGUGUGAAGCAUCGACUCACCGUGCAUGUGCUCAGUAACGAGUUAAUGUAACCUGUCAUCGUCGUCUUCAUCACCAACACCAGGCAUCAGCAGCAUCUCUCAAUCACACUGGAUCUUCCUCGGCCCAACGCUACCUCCUCUCUUCUGUCGUCGUCGUCAUCGUCGCUGUUGUGCCUGUCAACGAGCCAUCUUCCUCACCGGAAAUGGAACCGCUAGCAUCACAUUUGAGGAAAAACCGGCGGAAAACUGGCGCCAGUGGUCCGCGAACCAGAAGAGGGAUCACUCCACGAAGUACACUCACAGACAUCGUGGGACACACGGGGUCCAUGCAUGUCGUCGGUCCAUGCCUGCUGCGUGAACUCCAAGUGAACCGCCGACUGCCGCUUGCCGCUUCCUGCGCCCUGUGACCUCGUUUGUGUUUCAUGCAUUGCGACUCGCGGAUGGCAGUCUGAAGAGGGCUUCAUGUAGCGAGCCAGUCAGUAGUCGUCGUCGUCGUCCUUCCCUGGGUUGUGGAGCCGCUUGAUGAAGGAAAUCCUUGCAGCCGACUCGAAGCCUUCCAGACGAGGGCACACACUCUGUCUCCAAUGGUACAGCGGAAUGUAUGCAACCUUUAGGAGCUACUGCUAGACGCGGCCAGUCAGCUGGCUAGCUAGCGGCUUGUGAAGGAGCUCUCAUCCUGUGCAGCACCAGCAGCCACACUCUCUUCACUGACUAGUGUGGUGCUGCCAUUUCGCGGGGUGUCAGGACCAUCGCCCGUCGUUGUCGAUUGUCCCGUCCUGCUGGCGAUGGAUGCGAGUGCGAGCAAACGACACGAUAAGCCACCGCGGACGCCCUUCUGUUCAACAAAAAACUUUGCUCCUUGACACGUGUUACUAACAGCGCCCAUUCUGGAGCAGACUUGACGGGAGCAGCUGACGCGAGAUGGGGUGGCGGCGGCGAUGGCUUUUGAUGCUAAGCUGAGCGAAGGGACAACGAGGAUAGACAGCAGCAGUGUGGGGCAUCCGAGAGAGGGGAUCCGUACGAGCUUUUCGAACAGCACCACCGUCUCCGGACUGCAGCGCACUACCCCCCGGGUACCACUACAUCAGGUGUAUCUCUGUACAGAAUUAGUUGUAAGUUGAGCGAUGUAAGGCCUUACACCGUACAGUUUGUUUUUUAUGUGUUUAGUUUAGUAUUAGCACCCUUUUUUGCACGUGGUAGGAGAGUUGCUGCACACCCCAGGGAUCGAGCGGGCAUCGAGAAGCGUGUACCAAAGAUUAGGGUACCAGCAUUAUGUGUGGUAAACGCACACUGCAGCAGACAGGCACGUUCAGGCUUUUAAAGGAUUUCAUCAGUUGCUUUAAGAAGAAGAGUUCAGUUGCGUCCAUGGGCGCAUUCCGGAUAGAUCAGAAAGGGAAACGAGAGUGAGGAGUGAUUUGAUUUGCAAUAGUAACACACACAUGCCAUCCCUCCAUCCGCGCACGGUGCAAUAAGCGAACCCGGGACAAAGACUAAGCGCAAAUCACCUCAUAACGUGUACGUGUAGAGAACCAGAACCGCGGCAGCGCAUUACUCAAGCAUAACCGCCGGCGGUCACUCGUGGUGCACGUGCCAGAACCGAAUGGAUCAACCAUAGAUAACGCAACAAAGCAAACAAAACAAACAUGAAACCAUAUCAACUACCAACAGUUAGGUGUAGAAAGCGCGAAAGUCGCAAACGAAGAAAGAACCAUAAACACAAAAAGAAACAUAGAACAUAGAACAACAUUUUGUGCUAGCGAUAAUUUAAUGGAAAAUAAGCUCUAUAAAAAAAGACAAAAAAUAAUAACAAGUACCCUAUUCACAAACAUCCAAAACGCCAUAGCAAAGGAAUGGAGAGCAACGGGAGGCAAACAAACAGACUAAACUGCACCGAGACGAGCAAGCACAAACACACGACGGUCGGUAAUGAGAGAAGUGGAAAAAGAUACCGCGGGCAUCUCGCGCAAACGCAAAAGUUUGUCCAGAUUAGCGCCAAUCACGCAUUUUUUUGGUUUUGUUUUAGGUUUUAGACCAACCCCUUUCACCACCGUCCGUCCCCUGCAGGCACGAGUGCACGAGAUUGAUUUCCCCCGUUGAGCCGUGCUUUCAGCAUUCUAUCAUCAACCCCAAGAGAUCGAAAGAACGGAGAAGAACAAAAGUUGCAAACAACUUCAUUAUCGAAUUUAAAAACAACAAAAAAAAGCGGGAACAAUCCGCCCACCCCGC